GUGUAUAUGGAGAGCAUGGACAUGUUCAUGUACUCAUGAAACGAUUAAUGUUUGCUUGUGCUGUUACGUAUCAAAUGUAUAAAGAAACGCUCUUGUGACGAAUAACUAUUCAGAUAAAAAGUUACAAAUAGUGUAAACCUUCAUCAUGUCUACGAGACGAGCUCGAAUAAAGGCGGUAGCUGCACUUCCACCGAGGAGAAAAAAUCUCGAAAAUGCUGAUGGAAAAAGCAAGCAGAAUGGUUCCAAAGACACUGUCGAGAAGGCCCUGAAAAGCCCGAAAACACCCAUAAGUCAUAUUGCGAAAAUUGAUGAAAAAGGUUCGCCUAAAGUGAAAAAUAAUACCACACGGACUCCUCCAGCACUUGUACCUAUAAAUUCAGUGUUAAAGACUGUACCUGAUAAAGUGCCUUCACCUAUAAUCGUAGUACCCACUUUAGAAGUAGGUAAUAGUGUAAAUACACCUAGGUCAGAGAAAGUCCCUGUAAUAACAUCAGUAUCUGGUGUUAAGAGUGUUUUCGCGUCACCUCCUCCGAGAAACAGUCCCGAUAGAAGACGAAUAGCCUCACCUGGUAUCCCACCAUCCCCUAAACCUGUAUAUAGUAAUGAAAAUGUCCAAAAACCAGCCUUUCACCAAAUACCAACUGCUCAAGACGACAGCACCAAGAACACAACAUCAAAUACAAGUCAGUAUAAUGAAAAAGUCAAUGCCACUCCACAUAGAGAAAAGAAAAAUGACAUACCUGAUGACUAUAGCGUCCCGAGUGUACCCGAGAGCCUGACAGAUGAAACAGUGAUGGAUGGUAUAGUCCCACUACAAACCACCAAGAGUGCUCCGAAGCCCAUAGACUUGUUGAAGAACGAGAUCAUCUCCGAGUGUGCUGAAGUAUCAUUUGACCCAAUCGUGCCUUUGCCAUCACCAAGUAAAGUUCGGCCUAAGCUUCGACCUGCACCAAGACUUGCUCCACAUAGAAGAAAUAGUAUUCAGGGCAGUGCGAGCGAGUCAGAGGAUGAGAGCCGACGCGCGUUGCUCCACAGCGGCGCAGCGACUCCUGCGCCGCCGCGACAGCGCCACGACUCUCACACCUCGCAUAGCACCUUGCACUCCUCCGUACCUAAUAGGGAGGUGCACCGCAAUAGGAACGACUCUGUUUGUUCCAGUGUCAGCCAGAUAGCGACACAUCUACCCACAGCCACAUCGCCGGUCAAGGAGAAACAUUUCUCUAAGACCCGCCGUCAAGAUAUGAGUCGCCGCACGUGGUGGCGACGGAAGGAAGUUAAACGGAACGCCCUCACCAUGUACGACCUGAUAUUCUACAAUCCCACCACCAAUCCAAUCAUUCCAGACCAAGACGAAAUCAACGCAAAAGAAGCUAAUGCAAAAGAGGAAGCGGAAAGGAACGCCAAGCCUCCGCCGAGCGAAGAGAAGGGGGACGACCCGCCCGCUGCCGCGCCCGUGCCGCAGAUCAAACUCGGGCCGAACGGCGAGAUCAUACUCGAUGAGAGUAGCUUGGUGAUAAAACAAUCGGACGCGAACCGCAAAGUGUCGUCGGUGGUCCGCGAGGGCUCGUGGGCGGGCGCGGGCGGCGGGCGCUACACGCGGGCGGCGCGCACGGCCGAGUGGAGCGCGGCGGAGACGGUGCGCUUCUAUCGCGCGCUCGGGGCCAUCGGGACGGACUUCUCCUUGAUGGCGCCGCUGUUCCCCGACCGCACGCGCCGCGACCUCUACUUGAAGUUCAAAAAAGAAGAACGUCUCAACGGCGGGCAAGUGGACAAAGCAUUACGCUCUGCCACCGCUUGGGACGUGAGCAGACUUCAAGAGGAGUUCGCUAAAGAAAGAGAGGACGCCGCGAAGCGCGCGGAGACCGCCAGGCAACGCUUGCUGGAGGGUAAGAAGGCCGAACGGGAGAGGAUCCGAGCUGUAAGGGAAAUGCGGAUAAGGACUAGUAGAGGCGCCAAAGCCAUUGAAACGUCUGCUUAUCGCAACUCCGGCAACGUUGAGAUGACGGCAGACGAUAUCGUGGAACGCGCGUUGAGUACCCGCGCGGCCGUGAAGAAAUCAAAGAUAGACAAACUGAAGAAACCCAAGCUGCCCAGUGACGGCGACUCCGGGAAGCAGCUGCCGCCGCCGUCGCCUUACGCCACGCUCACUUUAAUAGGCAAUAAAACUCCACAACACAACAAGUCUGACUCGGGCAGCAUGGCCACCAUAUCCAGAUUAGAACCACCGCAAAUAUCUCAAACCAAACAGGUCUGCUUGAACGAAGUCGCUGGAGUACCUUCCAACAUAGAGAACGGUUCAUUGGUCGUGCUAAGGGUCAACGACCCCGCAUCGCCUUCGAAGACGAUUCUCCAAACGUAUAUAGCUCACGGUGCCGAGAAGUUGACACCAAUAGCGUUGCCGCCUAUGUUCUUGAACUCUGUCGUGGGGUAUAUGAAGAAAGGGACGCCUAAGAGUACGAGGUCGACGACCUCUUCACCUCAGCUGACGUCACCCAGUAGCGUAGCCAGUCACGACAGUAGAUCGACCACCCCUAGUGUUAUACAGGUCAAUCCGAGCCCUGCCAAGAGGCAAAGACACAGUUCAUAUUCCAUAACACCUCUUUAGAAAGAAAAAAAUGUGCUUCUAUGCUGGACUGGAGGCGAAUAAAAACAAUAGAAUGCGUUUAGCUGUUAGUCUUCCCGGACAUGUCGUCAAAACCGACUGAGGAAUUUUGACCAUUCUACCAUGAUGGACCAUUAUUAUGGGCGAUUCGCUGAUCAUGUCCACCCUGGGACUUUCUAACAAAUGUGAUUGUAAUUGUCUUCUGUGGGUGUACCCACCCUAUUAGGGAAUAAGGGCGUGACUCUGUCUGAAUGUACCUAUGUAUGUAAUUUAUUAUAAGUUAUUACUCAUAUUCUUGUUAAUAUUUUAGGUAGAUUGUUAAUAUUUUAAGGUUUUUUUUUUCAUAGCAGAAUUAUAUUUACCCUUUCAAGUAAAAGCUGUGCUACAAUAGUAUUAAGAACCAACUCGCCAUGCGGAGCUAUAAUGGCUGCCAUUAUGCAACAUAUGUAAAUUCUAAAUAUCAAAAUUAUAUUACGAAAAAAUUACUUAGCUGUUCUUAUGACAGCUGAUCUCACUAGGCAUAUAAACAUCCAUAUUAUUGUCACUAAAUGUACUUGAUCAAAAUUAGUGAAGACUAAGGGCUUGUUCAGAUAGAAUGCGGUCACGCGUUGUAUCGGAAUUUAACCGCACAAUAAUCCGUAGAGUACAACUUGAACAAAAAUGGCGGUCGUUCAUUCGGGUGGUGUUCCUGGUUGUCAUGGUUACGCGCUGCCCCUCGCGACCCCCAUACCGCACUUCGAUUGAGACCCAAUAAUUUGUCACUGCGCAUGGUCAUACUGGAACUUAUACACGGAUUAUACAUAGACAUACCCCACACUGCAGGCAACGUAACUUACACAGAACGCUUGAACGUGUAACCGCUUUCUGGAAUAACACGUUAAUGAUACUGCAAACAGGGGGGUUAA